CGUUCAUUGAUUAUGUAGCCUGUGUGGUGUCUGCGGGGUCACAACAGCUAGCGACAGUGUGCUGCCGUUUCAUUCAUAAUAGUGCGUUAGGUCAGGUCAAUAUUUGGUUAAAUACCACGGGAUCAUGUCGACUGCAAUGAAUUUUGGUUCUAAAACAUUUAAGCCGCGUGCUCCGGACAAAGGAUCUUUCCCUUUAGAUCACUUCGGAGAGUGUAAACUUUUCAAAGAGAAAUUCAUGAAGUGUUUGCGAGGUAAUGGCUAUGACAACUCCUUAUGUCGGCAACAGUCCAAAGAGUAUCUGGAAUGCAGAAUGGAAAGGCAGUUAAUGGCAAAGGAGCCACUGGAGAAAUUGGGAUUCAAGGAUCUGGUUGACACGCCUCCCCAGACGUCAAAAGACCCCAAACCUUGAAUAGAAACUUCUGCUGUUUUUGCAGAUGAUGCCCCGUCAACACAAAAAGCACUUGACAUUCAUUACCGCUACCAUUCAGCCACAGAUCUAUGUCGUUGAGGCUUUUGCUUCCAUCCGAUAAAUGCUGGGAGAAUGUUUUUGUCUUUCCUCGACCAACUUCUGUACAGUGUAAAUUAAUAUUGUGUAACAUAUAUAAAUAUUUUCUUAACCAA